AGAAUUCUUUUCAGUUUGUAUCUAAGUCCAAGCAGGUAGUCCUAUGCAAACCUGAGUAUGAAAAACUGAUACCAUGAGAAGACUCCUAAAUUCCCAACAUCCCUUCUUGGGGUGUUUGCAGCUUGCAUACAGAGGGUUGCACUAAGAAGUUGAAUUGCUGUAUUUAGUUUGCUCUGAGCACAGAGGGCUGUCUCUUACAGUAGUCCACAGCAAAUCAGGUGACUGAGAGGCUGUUUCAUGUUGCUGUUGAGCUCGAUGGAACCCGAAGGACCAGGGAGUAGUGGUUUGCAAGCAGUAAAGAUCUGUUUCUUCUGUAUUGGAAUAGUACAUGGUGCAAGAUGCUACUCAGCAUCAAAGCCGUACACAAUGCCAGUGGUGGUGUCAGCAGAGAUUCUCCAAGAUAGCAGCAGCACAGUGACGUGAGGGGAAGCUGCCAGCUGUGCUGAUGGAGUAUAGGCUGCCCUGGUCACAUGAUUCCAUGACACACACAUGUGUGUAUAUAUGAGAUGCCAGGGGACUCUGCUCAGACUGCACUGAACUUCCCCCUUCAGAGCCACUCGUUAUUUCAGAGAAGUCACCUGCCACCAUGAUGCCUGGGGGCUUAUCUGACACCAAGCCGGCUACUCCAGAAGUUCAGCAGCUUGUUAACCAGGUGAAAUCACAAUUUGAAAGCCGGGCAAACAUGAACUGUGUUACCUUUACAGCCAUAGUAUAUAGGACUCAAGUGGUUGCUGGGACAAUGUACUAUAUUAAGGUCCAAGUUUCUGAGGCCGAGUAUGUCCACUUAAAGGUGUUUCAGCCUCUUCCUUGUGAGAACCAAGGUCCCAGCCUUGAAAAUUUUCAGACUGGCAAAAACAGAGAUGACCCCCUGACCUACUUCUAAGACACGAUGAUGUGCAGCGCCUCAUUUCUGCAAAUCCUAUGGGGAUUCUGCCCGUUACAGUAAAUAAAAUAAGUUU